GUUUAGUGCGACACCCUACUCAGAGACGUGUUCAAGAAGGUUUUCUUCGGCGAUCUACUAUUAAACGGAAUCUGCAAAGAUGGUGAGACAUAUCGUCUAUUGCCUCCUCUGCGAGUCAUCCCAGGACCAGCUUCCCACUCAUUUGCUCCGGACGUGCAUGAAGGACAAUACUCCGGAGGAGCGGCAUGCUGAGGUGGAAAGGGCGAAGGCGUCGCAGAGAACGUGGGCUAAAGAAGGUCGGGUGUGGGACUUCAACGACCUGUCUAGCCUGGUAAAGGACAACGCAUCCUGCAUGGCUCUUGCCAAAACAUUUUUGGAAAGGGGAUUCUUCGUCACCAAUAUGCCUCAGGAAGUGUUGGCAACGGACUCGGCCCGACAAUCCGCAGCGACACGAGUGACUCCGUCCACCAAAAGGUUCAGUCUUCUAGAGUUCUUCAAACCAAAGGUUGAAGCAACAUACGCCCGGCUACGGCUGAAUGACAGCGUUGAAAAGGGGAGACUGAAUGAGUUCAGGAGGUACUGUGUUUCUGUGAUGAUGCUGGAGCAUCACAAAACGCCACGCGCAGUCAUGGAGCUGACGGUAGAGGACUGGCAUAACCGCACAUUGCUUGAUGGAGGAGGAGCUGUCAUCAAAACAACUCACGGCGGCGCACCGGACAGCCUCACGCUGACAAAUGAACAGGAGGCCUGGUUUGACUGCUACUUUUCCAGGGUCCGAUCGGUGUACCUUACGACCCAAGAAAAGCCGAUGUCCGACAAAGGCAGGAAAUGUAAAUUGACUGUCAACAAUGAGUUGUUUUAA